AUGUGGUGGUCACGAGUGUCUCUCAUUGCAUCCGUCUUCGUGUCAAUUGCCUCUGCCGGUGUCCUCGCUACGAAUGGCUCGUUCGACACGUCUGAUGCCUUCGAGUUGUUGUAUCCGAGAGACAACCCCAGCAGCAAGAUUGACGAUCUCUUCGAAUUGGGCAACAGCUGCAAGGGAAAAGUUCAAGUUCUUCAAGGGUGGCUUGACGAGAUCAAAAAGAUGCAUUCCGAUUUCGAAACUGCGGCCCGCGAAGCAUCAGGGAUACCACCUUUCGCGGUGGUCUUCCGUACAUUUUUUGGUACAAUGCCGCUGAAAGGUAUGGUGGAGGACACCGGCACCAUGGAAGAGGUAAAAACACGAAUCGCAGGCGUCACGCAGUUUUUGAACGGCGGAGGUCUCAGGAGUGCAAGACGGCCCGAUAGCGAGUUUGAACAUGAGGAUCCGGACAGCGCCGUACGAGACGACAAGGGCGAGUACAUCGUCAGCGAGAGAGAUCCAAAUACCAACGUGCCUGUUGCCUACUUGGGCAUUCACAACGUAUUCUCAGGCUUGAAUUGGCGUUUUCAGCAUGUCUUUUGGUGCAACAACUUCAAAGGUUACGUAUUUGCGGCCAAUGAAAAGAUCUGCAGCGACACGCUCCAGGGCGCCGUGACACCAGAGACUCCAGACGUCGUGCAAGGAAUACCCGGUGUCGAACCCUUCACCAUCGGUGAGCGUGGUAGGCUGCUCUUGCUUUGUCCCCCGAUCUUUGGCGAAGAUGGAAAGACAGUCACCGCUCACUCGUUUCCCUCCCUGGCGGAGGCCGUGGAUCCAGACAACUACCCCGAAGGAGACCUGAGGCAGCAAAAAUACCAGCUCGACCGGAUGCUGCCUAGAUCGGCAACAUUUUAUCAUGAGCUCUACCAUUUGACAGACAAUAACGACACGCCCGAUUCUAGCUAUUCCUUGAAGAAGAUACUUGAAGCUGCGAAGAAGGAAGGCCCUGUGAGAUCACUUUAUGCGCGAAACCCAGAGAGCUACGUUUAUGCUGCCGUGGCCAAUUAUCUAUAUCUGAAUGGGCCGUUCAUAAACCAACGCGUCGUCUAUUCUGAAGGCUUUUCGUCCGACUUCCUGCUCGACGUAUCCUACUCAUCGUCAUCUUCGCUGUCCGCAUCACCCAGUGCAAAGUACCCCCCGUUCUCCCCGUCUCUCCGUUCUUCGGCCUUGUUCGUGGCCUUGGCCGACGGCCACGAGCGCCAUGAGCUCAUGGACUGGGUAAAAGCUAACUAG